GCGGCCCUCGGUCCCUGCGCGGCCUCGGCGGCCUCGGCGGCGGGCGGCGGCGGCGGCCCCUUUAAACCGCCCGCCCCCCGCCCGCGCCCGCGCCCCCGCGCCCCGCGCCCCGCGCCCCCGCCUCCGGGCCCCGCGCCCCGCGCCCCGCGCCCCCGCGCGCCCGGCCUCCGCCGCCGCCGGCCCGGACAUGGCCGCCAACAUGUACAGGGUCGGAGACUACGUCUAUUUCGAGAACUCCUCCAGCAACCCGUACCUGAUCCGCAGGAUUGAGGAACUCAACAAGACGGCCAACGGGAACGUGGAGGCCAAGGUGGUGUGUUUCUACCGCAGACGAGACAUCUCCAGCACCCUCAUCGCUCUGGCCGACAAGCACGCCACCCUGUCAGUCUGCUACAAGACCGGACCGGGGGCCGACAACGGUGAGGAAGGAGAGCUCGAGGAGGAGAUGGAGAAUCCGGAGAUGGUGGACCUGCCCGAGAAGCUGAAGCACCAGCUGCGGCACCGUGAGCUGUUCCUGUCCCGGCAGCUGGAGUCGCUGCCCGCCACUCACAUCAGAGGGAAGUGCAGCGUCACCCUGCUCAACGAGACCGAGUCCCUCAAGUCCUACCUGGAGCGGGAGGAUUUCUUCUUCUAUUCUCUAGUCUACGACCCCCAGCAGAAGACCCUGCUGGCCGAUAAGGGAGAGAUCCGCGUGGGAAACCGGUACCAGGCGGACAUCACCGACCUGCUGAAGGAAGGUGAGGAGGACGGCCGUGACCAGUCCAGGCUGGAGACCAAGGUGUGGGAGGCACACAACCCGCUCAUAGACAAGCAGAUUGACCAGUUCCUGGUUGUGGCCCGCUCUGUGGGCACCUUCGCGCGAGCGCUGGACUGCAGCAGCUCCGUCCGGCAGCCCAGCCUGCACAUGAGCGCCGCAGCCGCCUCUCGGGACAUCACUUUGUUCCACGCCAUGGACACGCUGCACAAGAGCGUGUACGACGUCGCCAAGGCCAUCUCGGCGCUGGUGCCUCAGGGCGGGCCCGUGCUCUGCCGGGACGAGAUGGAGGAGUGGUCCGCCUCCGAGGCCAGCCUGUUCGAGGAGGCCUUGGAGAAGUACGGGAAGGACUUCACAGACAUCCAGCAAGACUUUCUGCCCUGGAAGUCCCUCACCAGCAUCAUCGAGUACUACUACAUGUGGAAGACCACGGACAGAUACGUGCAGCAGAAACGCUUGAAAGCAGCCGAGGCGGAGAGCAAGCUGAAGCAAGUCUAUAUCCCCAACUAUAACAAGCCAAACCCGAACCAGAUCAGCGCCAAUAACGUCAAGGCAGGCGUGGUGAACGGCGCGGGGGCGCCGGGCCAGAGCCCUGGGGCCGGCCGAGCCUGUGAGAGCUGCUACACCGCCCAGUCUUACCAGUGGUAUUCUUGGGGUCCCCCUAACAUGCAGUGUCGCCUCUGCGCGUCUUGCUGGACGUACUGGAAGAAGUACGGUGGCUUGAAAAUGCCAACCCGGUUAGAUGGAGAGAGGCCGGGACCAAACCGCAGUAACAUGAGCCCCCACGGCAUCCCAGCCCGGAGCAGCGGGAGCCCCAAGUUUGCCAUGAAGACCAGACAGGCCUUCUACCUGCACACCACCAAGCUCACGCGCAUCGCCCGGCGCCUGUGCCGAGAGAUCCUGCGCCCGUGGCACGCCGCCCGCCACCCCUACGUGCCCAUCAACAGUGCGGCUAUCAAGGCCGAGUGCACGGCCCGGCUGCCCGAAGCCUCCCAGAGCCCGCUGGUGCUGAAGCAGGCCGUGCGGAAGCCCCUGGAAGCCGUGCUGCGGUAUCUCGAGACCCAUCCCCGCCCCCCCAAGCCCGACCCUGUGAAGAGCGUAUCCGGUGUGCUUGGCGGUUUGACCCCUGCCAAGUCGGCCCCCGUCAUCAACAACGGCUCCCCCACCAUCCUGGGCAAGAGGAGCUACGAGCAGCACAACGGCGUGGACGGCAGCAUGAAGAAGCGUCUCUUGAUGCCCAGUAGGGGUAAGGCCUGGGGCGGCCGCGGGCGUGGGCGCCGUGCAAGCCCCCAGGCGGUGCCUGCGUGUGCUGUGCUCUCGCAUGCAUGGUGCACGGCGGGCGGCUCGGGGCCCGCUCACGGGGCAGUCCACGCGGGCCGGGCCGCUCCCCCCGCUCCCGCGUCACUGGGCAGGGGACCCUCGCAGGCCCCCACGUGCCACGUCCUUCCCUGGGGCCUCCGGCUCACGGGUCGCCCCCGCCCUCCCGGUGCCCGGUCAGUGGACUGUCCGUGCUCGGGUAGCCCCGGCGCCCCCGCCUGCCUGUACUGUCCGCCGUCGUGCUGUGACUGCCCGCAUGCCGUCAGCCUCCGCUCCCGUGGCUGCCCGUGCUGUGCCUCCAGCCCUCCUACGCGCCCUGCCUGGGGUGAGGGGGGCUUCGGGACGCUGGCCUCUCCGGUGGGGGCAGAUAGGCCCGUGCUGUGGGCAUGGUCCGGGCCACGGCCCUGCAGGGGUGGGGCUCCCAGGGGAAGGGACCGAGGCUGGCUGAGAGGGCACGGGCAGCAGGUGCCCCGGUGCCACGGCCACGCAUCCAGGGUGUCCACACGUCCAGGCGUGUCCACAGUCGCCCCCUGCAGCGGCUCAGGGUCUUGCUUUGCUUUCUCAGCUGGGCAAGGGGCACCCAUGGGCUCUGGGGCUGCUCCAGAGGGAGGUGGUGGCUGUGGGGGGCCUGUGGGUCCCAGUGGUUCUGGCUGCCCUAGGGUCAGCCAGCAGCCGGACCCAUGAGGGAGGCAGGCAGGGGAAGCAGGCCGGAGGGAAGGACGGGGGGAAUGCACUCGUGGCCCCUGGUGGCCCCUGGUGACGGGAGGCUCAGGGGCCCGGGUGGGCACUCCGACAGCACGGGCCAGCGAGCAUGGACGUGCCCAGAGUCCCCAGCCCCCAUGGUGGCGGGCCAGGCACAGGGACCUGGAAAUGGCAGCAGGCAGCAGCCGUCCAGCCUGGCCUUGCUCCGGGCCCGCCCACUCUUCUCUUGGCUGUCCGCCGCGCCCCCCAGCCCUCCUGCCGGGGCCUGCCUCCUGCCCUGUCUCAGCAGUGGGGCCGGCCUGCUCGCCAGCCCUCUGGGCAGACGCCCCGCGGACCCCCAUCACGUCUGGCCGAAGCGGAAGCCCGUGCUUGCACCGCUUGUGGGCUUGGAGCUUGUUUUGUAAAAAGCCGUUAACCCGUGUGGUGAACGGGGUUAAUUUAUUAACCUUGAUUUCUUCAGUUUAUCCCAGUUGGUGUGUUUCUCCACUUCAGCCCUAGCAUGCGGGUCCCCAGGCUGUCGGGGCGCCCACCCCCCGCCCAGGGGCUCGGGGGCCACGCACACGAGCCCGGCACAGGGGAGGCCACAGCCGGCCCCCUGGGUCACCACAGGGCAGGCGUGAGCUGAGCUCUGGGCCGGGGCCGCACCCUUGGGGCACUCGUUCACUAACCGGGCCCCGCCGGCACGUCUGCUCCUCAGCCCAUGGCCCGUGGCCGUGCGUGAGCUCACGGUCUCCCACUAACCGUGUCUUUUCUUCCCUCCGCGCCCGGCGCUCUGAUAGGCACUUACCUGGGUAAGUAGCACCGGGCCGGGGGGCUGCAGGCCUGGUGCGGCGGCCCUCCCUCUGCCCUGCCCCCGGGCGCCCCCAGCUAGCAGGUGGUUUGCGGGGGGCUGGACAGCUGCUCCCCAAGACAAAGACGUUGGCCGAGAAGUGUGUCUGGGGAGAGCUAGUCCCGGCAGGACAGGCUCGCGUGCUUCCACGGCACGUUCCUGUGCUGGGUGAACACUCCCGCGCGUGCGCUCACUGCUGCCGGUAGAGGAGGGGCGGCCGUGGCGGCCCUGGGGUCGCCGGGCCAGGGUCUGGGGGCAUGUGAACCACGACCUAGGACAGGGCCUUCUCGGUGAGGGGCCACUGGCACAGGCUUGCAGCUCCAGGCCCAACCCAUAGGGUGGAGGCAUCUGGCCUGGUCUCUUCUAGAAGCUUCCGUUCACUUCUCCAAGGCAGCUAGCCCCAGGGUCAGUGAGGGACGCUUGGAUGCCCUUGGGAGAAAGCCACGCAUGGCCUGGCCUGUUGGGGUCUGUGCAGCUUGUCUGAGCAGGGGCCACCUUGCAGGGGGCUUCUGACACCACGGUGUUCACAGCCGGGCUUGGCGUUGCUUGGCUACUCCGUAAACCCGGCUUCGUCUGUCUCGCGCAGUCGAGGGCGGGCGGCCUGCGUGCUAGGGAGCGGGCUGUCAGGCCUGAGACUCCGGGCCUCCUGCCUCGAGCCCACGGCGGUACCUGUCCUCCAGGCUGGGCCAGAGCUGGUCCUUGGAGCCCCAGCAGCUGUGGGGUCAGCUGGGGGCUGCUUGGACUGGGCCAGGGCCAGGGCAGGCCGAG